AUGUCUGUUGGCCUGACCAUGGAGUGUUUGUGGGAUAUGAUCCUAUUAUGCACGGAAAAUAUACGCUUCGAGUUUGAGAGGACUGUUUAUACAGAGAUCGACGGCGUUGCCAUAGAUAGCCCACUGGGACCAGUAUUAGCAGACAUCCUUCUAGGCUUGACAGAAAGACAAGUUACUGCCAGCAUUGGUGAAGCUAAGUUGUACAAGCGGCAUGUGGACGACAUCCUAGUCUUCACCAGCAACGAACAUUUUGAACGACUGUCGACAGUUCUGAACACAAUUCAUCCAAAUCUAUCAGUGUCCCAAAAGUUGGAACAACCCCAUAGUCUGCCAUUUUUGAAUAUACUCAUUAAGCGAUGGCUCGAUGGUACACUACAGCACACCGUUCAUCGCAAGACCACUUGGAGCGGGCAGUACCUCCACUUUGUCCGGUCGCACACAAAUGUA